CGUCCUCGACAGAAGCGCAGGAGCCCGGAGGCAGAAGCCAGAGAAGACCGGGUUGGGGGUGAAUUCCCUUCCCCGGGUCUCUCCCGAGCGUGGCAAGACGCCUGUUUGAACGUAAGCAAAGAGGAAUAUUGAUGCUAAUAAAUAAUCAUUCACAGACCCUUAGCAAUGGUGGGACGCCGUGCCUUUCGUCAGGUGAUCCAAAGCAGGGAGCAGAAUCCUACAGGGCGAGAGGAAGAUCGGCGCUUGGGAGACUUUUUUCUUUUUGCUCUUGGUUUUUGCGGCUUCUUUCAGUCCCCCCCCUUUUUUUGAGCGGGGGAGACGCUUAUUUAAGAAACACCUCCAGCACCUUCCCGUGUAAGCAGACACUUUUUGUACACAGCCGCCGCCGCCGCUGCUUCUAUUUAAGGCUGACGAACUUGAGGCACAAGUCUUUGCAUGCGCAUCUAUAAAUAUAUAUAUAUUUUAAAGUUUUAAGACUCCCCCCUCCUUUCUUCCGCCCCCCGCCCCAUAAGUCGCCGCUGUUUAUUUCCCCCCCUCUCCCUUAAUUGUUUUGCACGGAGGGAAGGGUCCGUUGGCGAAAGAGAAGCCAGCCGGAUCGAGACCCCGCCGCCUCGGACAGCGCGCGCCCCGGAAGGAGCAUGGAAGUUACCACGGAUCAACCGCGGUGGGUCAGCCACCACCACCCGGCCGUUCUCAACGGGCAGCACCCGGAUUCCCAUCAUCCUGGACUGGGCCACUCCUACAUGGACCCGACUCAGUAUCCUCUGGCGGAGGAAGUGGAUGUACUUUUUAACAUCGACGGCCAAGGGAACCACGUCCCUCCCUAUUACAGCAACUCGGUGCGGGCGACGGUGCAGAGGUAUCCCCCGGCCCAUCACGCAGGUGGUCAGGUGUGUCGCCCGCCAUUGCUCCACAGUUCUCUCCCUUGGCUGGAUGGCAGCAAAGCCUUGGGAAGCCACCACCAUGGAACGUCACCUUGGAACCUGAGUCCUUUUUCCAAGACGCCGAUCCACCACAGCUCUCCUGGACCUCUGUCUGUCUACCCUCCAGCCUCCUCCUCCACUUUGUCAGCAGGCCACUCCAGCCCGCACCUCUUCAGCUUCCCACCAACCCCUCCCAAAGAUGUCUCGCCGGAUCCUUCCAUCUCCACCCCGGGCUCCACCGGAUCCAGCCGUCAAGAGGAGAAAGAGUGCAUAAAGUAUCAGGUGUCCUUGGCUGAUACCAUGAAGUUGGAGUCUUCUCACUCCCGGAGUGGUAUGGCCUCAUUAGGAGGGGCUUCCUCCUCUACACACCAUCCCAUAACCACCUACCCAUCCUACGUUCCCGAAUAUGGCUCUGGACUUUUCCCCCCUAGCAGCCUGCUGGGGGGUUCGCCAACCGGCUUUGGGUGCAAAUCUAGGCCGAAAGCACGUUCCAGCACAGAAGGCAGGGAGUGUGUAAACUGUGGCGCUACCUCGACCCCACUAUGGCGGAGAGAUGGCACCGGGCACUAUCUUUGUAACGCCUGUGGACUAUAUCAUAAAAUGAACGGGCAGAACCGGCCCCUGAUAAAACCCAAGCGAAGGCUGUCGGCUGCAAGAAGGGCAGGGACGUCGUGCGCAAACUGCCAGACCACCACCACCACCCUGUGGAGGAGAAACGCCAAUGGCGACCCAGUCUGCAACGCCUGCGGGCUGUAUUAUAAGCUCCACAAUAUUAACAGACCCCUGACUAUGAAGAAGGAAGGCAUCCAGACUCGAAACCGAAAAAUGUCUAGCAAGUCGAAAAAGUGCAAAAAAGUCCACGACAGCUUGGACGACUUCCCCAAGAGCAGCUCCUUCAACCCGGCCGCCCUCUCGAGACACAUGUCCUCCAUCAGCCACAUUUCGCCCUUCAGCCACUCGGGUCACAUGCUCACCACGCCCACCCCGAUGCACCCGCCUUCCAGCCUAUCCUUCGGACCUCACCAUCCGUCCAGUAUGGUCACAGCCAUGGGUUAAGAACCCUUUUGCCUUCUCGGAAAGAGAGGGACCCUGCUCUGCCCUGACGCGUUGUUUAUGUUCUCAGAAUGAGAGGUAUGGUUUUUUCCCUCCACUUGCCUCAUGACAGAUGAGCGCUUCUGCCCAUUCAAAGCCCCGGGACACAAAAUGCGGAAGGUGGGAGGGAAGAGAAAAGAAGGAAAGAAAAGGAAAAAAAAAAAAAACACACGAGAAUUUGAACACUGGCUGAAGCCAUCAAAACCAACAGACUUAAGGAAACGGUGGGAAGCUGAACAGUGCAGUGCGUUGCACGCUCUCUCCCUCUGUGUGUGUUCUCAGCCACCAAAUUUGGAUCCCAUUUGUGAAUAAACCAUCCCUACAUACGUUCGCUCUUGAACUGGGUUUCUCGUGCUGUGAGACAGAAGCAACAGGCCGCCCUCCCGUUUCGUCCCCUCUCCUUCAAAGACAAAGAAAAAUCAGUACAGAACACUGUAUAACUUAUAUUGUAAGAAAUAUUGUACAUUUUUUUUGGAGAAGACUCUGACAGCUUGUUAUCUGUUUUAAAAAGAAGAAGAAGAAGUAGAAAAGCAAAGACAAAGAAAUAACUCGGAGUUCUCAGUCCAAGCACUGCAAACGAAACACUGAGAUGGACAGUUCGCCGUCAGGUCCGAGAAGGAUGAGGUCAAACCGGCACAAGGACAAAACUGCCAGUUGUGUUUUAUGCUUCUCUCUUUCUCUCUCUCUUUCUCUCUUCUCUCACUUACUGGCUCCAGUUGUUUUGAUGCAUUAAAAAAUAAAUUAAUCCAAGUUGUAGGCAAAUCAUCCAUUCCAAGGUCUGGGCCCGCUGAGUUAAGGGGAAAGCUUUGAAAGGUUUCAGGGCAAGCGGGCGUGAUGUGUUGCUCCUUGCCGUGACAAGUUUGUUCAGGCCUAUACGCAUUGUGAACAAGUCCCUGUAAUUGUUGUUUGUAUGUAUAACGCAAAGCACCAAAA